AUGACCGUUGGCAGAGCUUUGUCGAGCCUGCACCCUGAAUGCGAGUACAUAUUUCAGCUGGAGAAAGAGGAGCAUCGCUGCCUUCAGUACAUUGCAGAGCACGGCAACAGAAGCACAGAAGGUUGUUGGCCAUUUUGGGAUGCAGUUGCCUGCUGGCCUCAUGCAGUCGUUGGAGAAACGGUCCAAAGAGCGUGUCCUGCCGUCUUCUCCCUCUUCAAGAACAACACAGGUUCAGUGAGCCGUAACUGCACCAGCGGAGGUUGGUCCAGAGCUUUCCCACCGUACCACAUCGCCUGCAGUGUGGACGAUGACAUUCCAGAGACAGAGCAGUCAUACUUUGCCACAGUGAAGGUGAUAUACACCGUCGGCUACAGCAUCUCUCUAGCGGUGCUGGCUGUUGCUGUGUUGAUCCUGUUGUUCUUCAGGAGGCUGCGCUGUGCGAGGAACUUCAUUCACAUUCAGCUCUUCAUCACGUUUAUCCUGAAAUCUGUGUCAGUCUUCAUAAAGGAUGCAACUCUGUUCUCCAACGACGACACCAACCACUGUACCCUUUCCACAUUUGCCUGUAAGGCCUCUGUGGUCUUCUGUCACUACUGUGUAAUGUCCAAUUUUUUCUGGCUCCUGGUGGAGGCGCUCUAUCUCAAUUCCCUGCUGCUUUCAUCCUUUUAUCACAGCCGUCGGUGCCUCUGGGGCUUCAGCCUGCUGGGAUGGGGCGUACCCGUGCUGUUCAUCGUCCUGUGGAUAGGAUCCAGGGUUUAUUUUGAGGACACAGAAUGUUGGGACAUCAACGAGGACUCGCCCUAUUGGUGGAUCAUCAAGGGACCGAUUGUUGCGUCUAUUGCGGUCAAUUUUAUUCUCCUCAUGAAUAUCAUCAGAAUCCUGAUACAGAAGCUCAAUCCUCGGCUGAUCCACUUCAAUAACUCGUCUCAGUACAGACGCCUGACUAAAUCCACACUCCUCCUCAUCCCUUUGUUUGGGACUCACUACAUGGUCUUCAAUUUUCUGCCUGACUACUUCAAUGUUAACCUGCGCCUCUGUAUCGAGCUCUGCAUGGGAUCCUUCCAGGGGCUCCUUGUAGCGAUUCUCUAUUGCUUUCUCAAUCAAGAGGUCCAAAAGGAGGUCCACAUGCAGUGGCUGAGAUGGCAGGAGCGGAGCUACGGCGUGGUGUCGCCUGCUGCCAAAUGCAGCCAGAUGGACACGCCCUUCUAGUGGCGGCCUUCAUCCUACGGCUCCUCUCAUCAUCCCACUCUCACCGUCUCCAGCACAGGAUGAACAGGGCCAGUGGUUGUCAGCUAUGUCUGUAAGUUUUCAUUCAAACUCUGCUUUAUGCACUCCUUCAGCCAGAAAGAAGGAACUGAUGGGAACUUUCCAAAGAAGAUUCUCAAAUCUCAUGACAUUUUACAAACACAGAUCCCAUGUACAUUCACAAUAAUAUAUUGCAGCAGGAACUUCAGAAAGAUCAGCUACAAACUUUCCUCAGAGGCCUCAGUGGUCAAAUUAAAGAAUGAUAAUUGUACUGAGCUGAGAGUUUAGCCUCACGAUUAAAGAACCAUCAAUUAGCAGGUAAAUGAAUCAGACAUACUGUAGGUUUCAACUGACAAAACAACACACUAUCUCGUAGAAUGUGCAUUUUAAUUUACUCACUAUGUAUAUAUGCACUAUGUUGAUGCUAAAGUAAAAUGUAGUAUCUUGAACUCCUUUUAUCACAGAUGAUGUAGCGUAGCCUGUUGAACUUUUGAAGUGUCUCAGCUCAGAUGACUCAUAUGAAAAUUAAAAUAGGUUAUCAUUAAUGACUCGCAUUAUUCAAUAACAUUAUAACAUUGUGUUACAUUAUUCAUAGUAUUGAUAUUAUCUUAACUGUUGAUUGUUAUGGCCUGUUCAUCUCAUAGGGAGAUGUACUCUAACUAUGUCAUUGCUUUACUGUGGUCUUUUUAUGUAUUUAGUUAUUUAUUUAUUUGUUUGUUUAUUAAACCCUUCAGUCACAGUAAGGAUCAGGGUUAAACUUAAAUAUCACAUUUGUAGCUAAAUGAAUGAAUAUCUUAAAGUCUUCUCAUGAUAAACAGUGGCAUUAGCUGCUAGAGUGUGCUUUUAUUUUUUUGACUGAAAACCUGCACUCUCUUGAACUUUGAUGGCAGACUGUUGAGAGCCACUUCACUGUAUAGUUGCAUGUUGAUUUCUGUCAAAAAAAAAAAAAAAUCAAAUAUCUUCACUGCCAUUUGUGAUACAGCAAAGGACCAGAGAACAUAAGCAGAAACUUUAUUAUGGUGAUAGAUCUAAAUGAUUUGAUUUGUUAAUUAGUAUUUUGACCUGCAUAGUUAUAUAAAUAAUUAUAAAACAUCAUAUAUGAUUCCCAUAAUUACCAAAUUUGGGUUCCAUCUCUUUUAUGAGACAUUUGAUGCUUUUUGUGUGCUAAAUGUUGAUAUAACUUUCUUUAACAAGAUACAAUGUUAAGCUAAAUAUUGAAUGGCAGUCCAGUUUUGCACCAUCUGCAAUCAUCCAGUGAUGUUUCUUUUAUGUAAACAAAAUAUUUAUCUUAAACUGAAUGUAUAAACAAGUCUGUUGUUUUAUUGACACUUUUCUCUGCUGUUCAUUUGGUUGUUCUUGUGCCUCCCUCUGUGAUGUUUUAAUGCCCUGAAAAUGAUUUACCUUCCUGUGAGUUAAAGUAUAAAAAUGUUUACUCAGCUUCGACAUGGCUCUCUGCAGCCUCUCUCACAAAAUGAGGUUCCAUCAGCUGGCAGCUACAACAUGUUAAAUCAGUAUUAAAAGCUAAAGCCAUCACUGUGGCUGCAUGUAAUUUAGAUACAAUCUUUAUACAAUGUGUGUAGAUACUGGAAACGUAUAUCAUUAUUCAGAAAGGUUUACUUCCUAAGGAAUGUCAUAAAAACAAUAUGAAAGUAUUUUGUAAAGUUUCACUUUUGCUUCAUAAAGAGAA